CCGCCACCCGCGUCGGAAGGCCAGCUCUACGCCGCGCCGCGCAGUGUCCACCGAUAAGGUGUGCUUUCGCGGGAGGGAGCCUCGAAGAGCUCCGAUCAUUUUCCGCGUGCACCAUGCGCCUCGGCAUCCUGCUCAGCGCCGCGCUCGUCGCCGUCGCGGAUAAGCGCGUCGUCAACGUCGACGGCUGGGAGAAGUCGCCCUUGUUUUCGCACGCCGUCGUCUCCGGCGACACGGUCUACGUCUCGGGCAUGAUCGGCGUCGACAUGUCGACGAUGAAGCUCUGCCCCGGCGGCGUCUACAACCAGACGCUCUGCGCCUUCGCGAACAUCGAGACCAUGCUCCACGCCGCGGGCACGUCGCUGGACAAGGUGCUCGACUGCACGUGCUUCGUCGGCGACCUCGCGACCGACUUCGACAAGAUGAACGAGGCCUACACGUCCGUCUUCGCGGUGGACCCGCCGGCGCGCGCGGCCUUCGGCGUCGCGGCCGUCGCCCUGGGCGCGGCCGCGGAGUUCAAGUGCACGGCGACGCUCUAGGGAGGGGCGUAACUUAUCCCGCCGGCGGG